CGCCGGGGUUAUAAAAAUGAAUCACUUUCUCCGGAACUAUUCAUUCGCAGAAGUGAUUUCAAGCAGUGCAGAAGUGUUGAAGAAAAUUAUCAAAUCUUUUUAAAAGUGACUAUUGAAGUGUUUCAAGGGCUGAAUUAUUGAAAAAACAAUCUAAGAAUGCAGAUCUUUGUGAAGACUUUGACCGGUAAGACCAUCACCCUUGAGGUCGAGCCCUCUGAUACGAUUGAGAAUGUGAAGGCUAAGAUUCAGGAUAAGGAGGGCAUUCCCCCAGACCAGCAACGUCUCAUUUUCGCUGGCAAGCAGCUCGAGGAUGGUCGCACCUUGUCCGACUACAAUAUCCAGAAGGAAUCCACCCUCCAUUUGGUCUUGCGUCUCCGUGGUGGAAUGCAAAUUUUCGUCAAGACUUUGACUGGCAAGACCAUCACUCUUGAGGUCGAGCCUUCUGAUACUAUUGAGAACGUGAAGGCCAAGAUCCAGGAUAAGGAAGGAAUCCCUCCAGACCAGCAACGUCUCAUUUUCGCUGGCAAGCAGCUCGAGGAUGGUCGCACCUUGUCCGACUACAAUAUCCAGAAGGAGUCUACCCUCCAUCUUGUCUUGCGUCUCCGUGGUGGAAUGCAAAUUUUUGUCAAAACCCUUACCGGAAAGACCAUCACCCUUGAAGUUGAGCCAUCUGACACUAUUGAAAAUGUCAAGGCUAAAAUCCAAGAUAAGGAGGGUAUCCCCCCAGACCAGCAACGUCUCAUUUUCGCUGGCAAGCAGCUCGAGGAUGGUCGCACCUUGUCCGACUACAAUAUCCAGAAGGAAUCCACCCUCCAUUUGGUCUUGCGUCUCCGUGGUGGAAUGCAAAUUUUUGUCAAGACUUUGACUGGCAAGACCAUCACUCUUGAGGUCGAGCCUUCUGAUACUAUUGAGAACGUGAAGGCCAAGAUCCAGGAUAAGGAGGGUAUCCCACCAGACCAACAGCGUUUGAUCUUUGCCGGAAAGCAACUCGAGGAUGGUCGUACUCUUUCGGAUUACAAUAUCCAGAAGGAAUCCACCCUGCACCUUGUGCUCCGUCUCCGAGGAGGCAUGCAGAUCUUUGUGAAGACCCUUACCGGAAAGACCAUUACUCUCGAAGUCGAGCCCUCUGACACCAUUGAAAAUGUCAAGGCCAAGAUCCAGGAUAAGGAGGGUAUCCCACCAGACCAACAGCGUUUGAUCUUUGCCGGAAAGCAACUCGAGGAUGGUCGUACUCUUUCGGAUUACAAUAUCCAGAAGGAAUCCACCCUGCACCUUGUGCUCCGUCUCCGAGGAGGCAUGCAGAUCUUUGUGAAGACCCUUACCGGAAAGACCAUUACUCUCGAAGUCGAGCCCUCUGACACCAUUGAAAAUGUCAAGGCCAAGAUCCAGGAUAAGGAGGGUAUCCCACCAGACCAACAGCGUUUGAUCUUUGCCGGAAAGCAACUCGAGGAUGGUCGUACUCUUUCGGAUUACAAUAUCCAGAAGGAAUCCACCCUGCACCUUGUGCUCCGUCUCCGAGGAGGCAUGCAGAUCUUUGUGAAGACCCUUACCGGAAAGACCAUUACUCUUGAAGUCGAGCCCUCUGACACCAUUGAAAAUGUCAAGGCCAAGAUCCAGGAUAAGGAGGGGAUCCCACCAGACCAGCAGCGUCUGAUCUUCGCUGGCAAGCAAUUGGAAGAUGGCCGUACCUUGUCCGACUACAACAUCCAGAAGGAGUCUACCCUUCAUUUGGUCUUACGUCUCCGUGGAGGCAUGCAGAUCUUUGUCAAGACCCUUACCGGAAAGACCAUUACACUUGAGGUCGAACCUUCUGACACCAUUGAAAACGUGAAGGCCAAGAUCCAGGAUAAGGAGGGGAUCCCACCGGACCAACAGCGUUUGAUCUUUGCCGGAAAGCAACUUGAAGAUGGUCGUACCCUGUCUGACUACAAUAUCCAGAAGGAGUCUACCCUCCAUCUUGUCCUCCGUCUCCGUGGUGGUAUGCAGAUCUUUGUCAAGACCCUUACCGGGAAGACCAUUACUCUCGAAGUUGAGCCCUCUGACACUAUUGAAAAUGUCAAGGCUAAGAUCCAAGACAAGGAGGGAAUUCCACCAGACCAACAGCGUCUCAUUUUUGCUGGCAAGCAACUCGAGGAUGGCCGCACCUUGUCCGACUACAACAUCCAGAAGGAAUCCACCCUUCAUCUGGUCUUACGUCUCCGUGGAGGCAUGCAGAUCUUUGUCAAGACCCUUACCGGAAAGACCAUCACCCUUGAGGUCGAGCCAUCCGAUACUAUUGAAAACGUGAAGGCCAAAAUCCAGGAUAAGGAGGGGAUCCCACCGGAUCAGCAGCGUUUGAUUUUUGCUGGGAAGCAACUCGAGGAUGGUCGUACCCUCUCCGACUACAACAUCCAGAAGGAGUCUACCCUCCAUCUUGUCUUGCGUCUCCGUGGUGGAAUGCAAAUCUUCGUCAAGACCCUUACCGGAAAGACCAUUACCCUUGAAGUCGAGCCCUCUGACACCAUAGAGAACGUCAAAGCCAAGAUCCAAGAUAAGGAAGGAAUCCCUCCAGACCAACAGCGUUUGAUCUUUGCCGGAAAGCAACUUGAAGAUGGUCGCACCUUGUCCGACUACAACAUUCAAAAGGAGUCCACCCUUCACCUUGUCCUCCGUCUCCGUGGAGGCAUGCAAAUUUUUGUCAAGACCCUUACUGGAAAGACCAUCACUCUUGAAGUUGAGCCUUCUGACACCAUUGAGAAUGUCAAGGCUAAAAUCCAAGACAAGGAAGGAAUCCCACCAGAUCAGCAGCGUUUGAUCUUUGCCGGGAAACAGUUGGAAGAUGGCCGCACUCUCUCUGACUACAACAUCCAGAAGGAAUCAACCCUUCACCUUGUGUUACGUCUCAGAGGUGGCAUGCAAAUUUUCGUUAAAACUCUGACCGGAAAGACAAUUACUCUGGAAGUUGAACCAUCCGAUACAAUUGAAAAUGUCAAAGCAAAGAUUCAGGAUAAAGAAGGAAUUCCUCCAGACCAGCAACGUUUGAUUUUCGCUGGGAAACAACUUGAGGAUGGCCGUACCCUUUCGGACUACAACAUCCAGAAGGAAUCAACCCUUCAUCUUGUGCUGCGUCUUCGUGGUGGAUAUUAGACUAAAUCCCUUUGUGCUCUUUAUGCUUCUAGUAUUUGGUGAAAUGCUGCGAAUCAGGCACAUUUAUUCCGCAAACUUUCCAUGAAAAUCUGUAGUGACGUAGAGAAAAAAGAUUUUCCUUGAAAUAAAACACGUUUUUGAAUCUUA